UCUAGCUUCUCUUCUUCCUUCUUUUGAUUUCCGGAGAGAAGCUUUAAAAUGGUCCAACGCUUGACUCUGAGGCGACGUCUGUCGUACAACACCCGCUCCAACAAGAGGCGCAUUGUGCGCACUCCCGGAGGCCGUCUGGUGUACCAGUACGUGAAGAAGAACCCCACUGUGCCACGCUGUAGUCAGUGCAAGGAGAAGCUCCACGGAAUUACGCCCUCCCGCCCCAGCGAGCGUCCCAGGAUGUCCAAGCGUUUGAAGACCGUUUCCCGGACCUACGGAGGUGUCCUGUGCCACAGCUGCCUGCGUGAGAGGAUCGUUCGCGCCUUCCUCAUCGAGGAGCAGAAGAUCGUCAAGGCUCUGAAGAGCCAGCGCGAGGCUUUGGUCAAACCCGUCAAGAAGGUUGUGGAGAAGAAGCCGGUGAAGGCCGCCGCCAAGAAGCCGACGGGAAAGACAGCCGGAAAGCCAGGUGCCAAGGCCGUUGGCAAGAAGCCCGCACCCAAGGGCGCUCCUAAGGGAGUCGUUAAGUCCAAGAAGUAAACACUUAAAGGAUUUGUUUGGAGCAAUGAUAUUGGACACCUUUUUUUGUAAUAAAGAAACCACAAAAUAGAGAA